CGGAGUCGUUACCUCGCCGCAGUCCUCCUCCUCACCGCGGGAGAGAAGACACGCAGCAGCGCCACAGCCGUCCGCCUCUCUGGAGGAAAGUCUUUUUCCCAGCGGAUCUGGUCGGAUUUUUGAGUCUACUGGAAAGCAACUAUUUUCCCUUUGAGUACAACCUGUAGGAAGCUCGGAUACUUGCAGGACCUGUGAGGCUCUCCUGUAACCAUGGGGGACGUGGUUUCCGCUCACCUGGAUGAGGGCAGGAGGGAGAUGAUAACAGCUCGGACAGGAAGUGUAAUGAAGGAGUUCAGUGAUGUGUACGAGCAGCAGUACGCAGUCGCUCUCUUCAACAGCGUCCGCUAUGAGAUAGAAGGAGGAGGAGGACCGCAGUCACAGCUGCUUCACAGGAAGGACCCUCUGGCAGGCCGGUCCAUCUUCUCAGGGAGUCUGUUUCAGUAUCUGGAGGAGAAUCGGAAGUGGAGGAGUCGCUUUGUAUCUGUGCCAAACAGCUACACCAUCAGCCUCUAUGAGAGCAAAACAGCACAUGAACGGGGCCUUCACCCGAAAGUAACCAUAAACUGCGCUGGGUACAAGGCCCUGACCUCGAUGGAGGAAUACAUGGAGCUGAUUAAUAGCAGCCUGCCAGGUAUCAAGGCCAAAGUGGGAAGUAAUCCGUUUAUCAAGUGCGCGAGCCAGUUCCCCCUCAUCCUGUGGCACCCGUACGCCCGCCACCACUACUUCUGCGUGAUGACAGAGAAGGAGCAGAAGAAGUGGCACGCAGUACUGCAGGACUGUGUCAGACACAGUGACAAUGGUCUGUCAGAGGACUGCACUGUUAAGAUACCAGCCUUCACCGACUCUGUGAGACUUCACAGACAAGCCAAGGGACUCUACGGGACCUGGGAUAUGAUGUGUGGAGCGCCCCCACAGAUUCUCGCUAAUCUGGUGAUGGAGACCCUCCACCCAGAGCUGAGGAGCAUGAUUGGACUUCGUCUGAGGGGGAAGAUGCAGCAGAGGCAGAGGCAUUGGAUGUUGAUCUCUGACGCACUGUACAAGCAGGUGCUGUCUCAGACCACCAGUCAGUAUGAUGCACUAGUGGAAGCCUGCGAGGCCCAGAGAGCUCCACUGGACGCCAGGCUGCGGACCGACAUGGACCAGAUCAUCUCGUCUAAAGAACACGUCAGCAGCAAGAUGCGAGCUCUGGUGUUGCCCAAGGCGGAGCAACUCCUACGGACAAACGUGCAGCCCUACAUUAACUCUAUCCUGGAGGCCCUGAUGGAGCCCACCAGCCGAGGUUUCUCAGAGGUCAGGGACGUCUUCUUCAGGGAGAUGGUGGAAAUCAGCAAGAACUCGCUCAACGGAGGGGGCAAAGACAAACUGGGAGACCACAUGGAGAGGUUGUCCAUGCUCGCCUUCCACCCGGUGAAGAUGCAGAGCUGCUACGAGAAGGUGGAGCAGCUCAACCUGGAGGGGCUGCAGCAGAGGUUCGAUGUCGCCAGCCCCUCAGUGUUCGUCAGCAGGGCUCAGAUCAUCAUGAGGGAGCAAAUGGACAAUGCAGUGUACACAUUUGAGCAGCUGCUGCACCAGUCUAUGGAGACCCAGGGAGAAAAUGACAUGUGCAAGACCAUCCAGCGAUGCGAGGACAGAGUUCUCAAGAAAUAUGAUUAUGACAGCAGCACAGUGCGCAAGAAGUUCUUCAGAGAGGCUCUGUUGCAGAUCAUCAUCCCAUACAUGCUGCAGCAGCUCUCACCAUCCUGCUCACCUGAGCUGCCUCGCUUCAAAGAGCUAAUCUUUGAGGACUUCUCCCGUUUCCUGCUGGUGGAAAACAUGUUUGAGGAGUUGGUGCUGCAGUCUGUCUCCAAGGACAUAAUGAUGGCUGUGAAGGAGGCAGCUGUCCAGAGGAGACACAACCUCUACAGGGACAGCAUCAUUCUGACCAACAGCGACCCCAACCUGCACCUGCUCGGAGAAACCCCUGCGGUUGACUGGGCUACGGAAUUUGGGGGCGAUGAGCCUGAGGGCCCUGUCGGUGGCGGCGGUGUUAAAGGAGGGGGUUCUGGGAGCAGACGCAGGCAGGUGGUGUCCAUGAUCCAGCUUGAUGGGUUGCCUCUGUCCUUCGAGUCCUGCAUGGAGGUCCCAGGUGUGGAGCUCAUCCCUGAGGAGGACGACGAAUCAUUUGAGGGCAAAGAAGAGGACCGAGGUGAAGACUUCGGCCCGUCCGAGGAACCCAAGUCUCCUGAUAGCGUGAAUGAAAUCAGGGGCCUGAUUAAUCCGCUGGUAGAGAUGGCGGUUCCUGUGUCAGAGGAGAGCCAGAGCGACAUGACCAACGGCACAGAGCCAAUCACGGGCACCAUGACCAUGGAGGACGGGGUGCAGGAGGAUGUGACACACGUCACCACCACGGUGGAGGACGGGGUGCAGGAGGAUGUGACACACGUCACCACCACGGUGGAGGACAGGGUGCAGGAGGAUGUGACACACGUCACCACCACGGUGGAGGACGGGGUGCAGGAGGAUGUGACACACGUCACCACCACGGUGGAGGACGGGGUGCAGGAGGAUGUGACACACGUCACCACCACGGUGGAGGACGGGGUGCAGGAGGAUGUGACACACGUCACCACCACGGUGGAGGACGGGGUGCAGGAGGAUGUGACACACAUCACCACCACGGUGGAGGACGGGGUGCAGGAGGAUGUGACACACAUCACCACCACGGUGGAGGACGGGGUGCAGGAGGAUGUAACACACGUCACCACCAUGGUGGAGGACGUCCCCAUGAAGUCUCCGCGAGGCAAGAUGUCCCCGCAGACAAUUCUCCAGCAGCUAGUGGGAAGCAAGAAGCAGGAAGCCGAUAAGGAGGAAGCAGCGAUUAAGAACGCCAUCGAGGAAAUAGAGAUAGCGGUGCAGGAAGAUGACAGCGAACGCAUUGCAGAGGUCUCUGCAGCAGAAUCAGAUGAGUCGUCACCAGCGCCACCACUGGUUACAGACUCCAGCUUGCAGAACGACAGUGGCUUCCAGUCACAGACCAAUGAGGGGCUGGAGGAAGAUGAGCCUCAGCCAAUCACAAACGGUGUGAACGGAGAGGACAAAACGAUCGACCCGGUAGAAGUGGAAGUGGUUUUAGCGUAGGAAGAAAAUCCUCGAAACAGAACUCUAAAACAUGGAGAAAGGCUUGGAGAGAAAACAGCAGAGUGUGCAUCACAUGCAAUUGGAGAGAAUGAAUAAGGACUGUAUUUAAAAGUUUAAAGGAAUACUUCAUCCCCAAAAUCAUCAUUUAUACAUCAAUUACUCCCCGUGGCCUUGAGUUCGUGAAGAAUGUGUUUUUCUCGCAUGCCUCUACAGGACAGAAGAAUCGAAAAACUGAGAAAAGUCUUGAUGAAUUGAAGUAAAUGGGGGCCGUGUUUAGCAACCUUACUAUGUAAAACCUUUUAAAUACUACGUUUUGAAAAUGCAGGUGUUAGGGAAGUAGAGAGCACACGACUGGAUAUACUUGGAUUAUACUGCAGGAGUUGUGCGAGAGUUUGACAUAGUUGUGCUGUUGUUAAACUCGGACCCCAUUUACUUCAAUUCAUCAAGAAUUGUUUCCGUCUUUGGAUUCUUUGCUCAUCGUAGAAUCAUGCAAGAAAAGGUUUUCUUCAAGAAUCCCAGGUAAUACUGGACGAGUAAUUGAUAUACAAAUGGUCAUUUUGGGAGGUGAAGUAUUCCUUUAACUGAAAGCAUAUUGUUGUUAAUAUUACAGACUCCUCAACCCGCUCUCCUAUCCGCCCCUAGACUUUAUAUUCUUUGGUGAUUGGUUCCUUUCUGUGCAGCUUAGUGACUCAAUGCAAGUUUCUUCGUAUUUCGCGUAUGAUACUGCUCCUUUAUGCUUUGUGAACAGGCUGAGGGUCCGUCUCAAGGAUCAGGGAUUUUAAAAUCUACUUUCUUUAAAUGACAAAAUAUGGGUUCCUCCCUUAUUUUGUCAUUUUAAAUAAGUAGACAACAACUACAUCUAAGUUAUUUAUGUUUUCAAGUAAUGUUCCCCCCCCCCCCCCCCGAUAUACAGUAUAUUUCUGUUUUGAUCACAGCCUGUACCUGGGCAGCAGGGGGCGCUACAAUCAACCUUUAGAUGUCGUAUGGGGAUUUGGAUGUUUGACUAUUUUUAUAUAUACUGGUAUCUAUUUUUAUAAAAUGUAAUUUUCCUAUGUAGUUUGUUUACUUUAAAAGCUUUUCUUGUAUUCACAAAAGGCCUUUAUGUUUCAACACUAUGUUUUUAAUCAGGAAUGAUUUGCACUUCCACUGUCAUUUGAUAUGUAAGCUGUUAUAUAGACGACAAAAAUACAAAAAAUGUUGUUCCCCGUCACUCUGCGUGUAGGUGUAGAUACCAAGACACAGUAAAUAACGGCUCAUUAACUUGUAGGAUGAACUCGUCUCUCUUUGGGAUUGAGGGAGAUUCUUAAUGUCAACUUCUGUUUCCCAAAUCUCACUGAUAUCAUUUCUCAUCAUCAAAUGUGACUGUGACAAAUUAUUAUUUAAAACCAAUAUUUUCUAAUUUAAUUAAAAUUCAAUUAAUUUGGAGGAAGUCUUAUUUCUUUAUCUGUGUAAAAACACUAGACUUUAAUACAUUAGUGUGUUUAUUUUAAAGGCGGUACAUUUUCCUUAUACUGCUUUUAUUAUUGCUGGAA